AAUGGGAUUUUUCGCUUACUGCUGGCGUUAAACAUAGCUAACUGAAAUAAAUUUCCGGAUUUUCCGGGCGCCAUUUUUCUUUCACGAAAGACGUUACAUUAUUGCGCUGUUUGAAAAACAGGAUUGCCAAUAGACGUUAUCAAGUCAUGUUUCGACAUGGAGUGUGCAGUUUGAUUGUACUGUUGGCAAUUCCUACUUCAGAAUGUGCGACGCCUAGCAAGAACACGCGGUCAGAUGAUGCUACAAUGCAACUUUUUCUCACCAACUUAUUUGGUGAAAUGUGGGGAUACUACUUGAGCGGGAUUUUCACAGCACCGGGCCCCGUUGUUCUACACGCUAAAGAACCGUGUAAAUUCGGGCCGCGGCUGCCUGUCCAAUGUCCUGCACGUCACGUGGAAACAAGACAAACACACGAGACGACCAAAUCUUCAGAAGAAAUCAGUUUUACGAAACUAAUUUCAAUGAUAUUAUGCUUCGGAAUGUUUGGACUGAUGGUGUCACUUCCCGAACUGGUAGGAAUUCACAAAAAGGAACUUUGUGAUUCUGACACAGACAUUCCAGAAAUAUGUAAACAUGUGGAAAACUCUCCCAAAAAACGUUCAAACGAUACACUUCUAUCUGCUUUAAUUUGCCCAAAUGGUGUACCCUCAAAUUGCCCAAAUAGUGUACCUGUAUGCUCUUCGGAAAAUCAGCUUGGUAUUCCAGAGUUGGAAUAUAUAAAGUCAGACUCAGUUUUAUGCAAUGGAAACACUGCGAUCUAUGAAAUCCUACUUCAGAAUGACUCCGGCCAAACACUAGUUAAUCACAGCGGCUCCAGCGACGUACCUCAGAAAACGACCCCCAAAAAGCCCAACAACAGAACUUUCUACGUAAUUGAAUGGACCGCCAACACAAAAGAUAGACCAAGGAAAAAAUGUGUGUUUAAAGUUGAUGUAUCUAAUAAGUUUUUACGUCUUGGCAAAAGACAGCUGAGAAAUCAUCGAAGCGAACUGUUUUGUAUCGUGCAACCAAAGUUAAUUCGAAUGGAAUAACACGUGACAACCCCUUCAUCGGAGGUUGAUGUAUACGAUUAAUUAAAGUAAAAUAUAUACUUAUAUUUGUGUCACGCUUUUUACGUGCAUCAGAAUCGGAAUGUAUUGAAUGUAUUUAGAUUGCUUACUAUAACUAUACGUUAUAACAAACAUUGCGGCAAUGUAUCACUAGUUUAGUAGAUCAGAAAAAGACAAUACAUUUUAUCAUAAUAGCUGAAUUUAUUAAUUGUUUAUUCUAUCACUGGAACCAGACCAUGAGAAUGUUAUUUUUUUCUGAUUCAUAACGAUGUGUUUACUUUAUGAAUAUACUAUAGAAUAAAAGACUGUUCCAAAACAUGUUUUGUUUUAGCGUAUUAUAGUUUUAGUUAAGUAAUCUUAGAUAACGGCCAUCUUGAAUUUUAGCAUGAUCGUGAUGUUUAAAUAUAUGUAGUCAUCGUCCGACAUAUUUAUUAUGUGGGACAAAACAUCAACAAAGUAGACACUUUAACUGUUUUAAAAUGUAUGGCAGUUUUCAUAUUUCACUCUAUACAGUGGCAGCUAUCUUGAAUUUAGUUCACUUGGCCCUGAUUUACGAAGUGAUGUUAGCGCUAAGAUCACCGUAAGUACAUACUGAAGUUAUGCAUUUAAGGUGAUCUUAGCGCAAAGAUCGCUUCAUAAAACGGUGCCCUAGACUUUUACGAACAUUUUCGCCAGGUACAGAAUAUAUAGAAGCUAUUUAUUUUGUAACAAAAUUAAUUUGAAGUCAAUAAGAUAAAAGUAGUUAUUCCUUAGGGAGACGUGGUAAACAUUUUAUGCAUCCAGGAAGAAUAGCUAAGGAAUCUGCCUUCCCCCCAUUUCAGAUUAUAUCAGGUUUUCCGCAAACAAACACAAUCCCAAUAACCCUACUGGAUAUGGAAUUGUAUAUUUGUAUUGAAAAAAAUAUGGCGACUGUAACUUUGAUAUUUCACACCCAUUACUAUGUGGAUAUUUUCCACCUUUGGUGAAACAUUCAGGCUCAUAGGUCAAAUAUAUGGUUAAAACAACAAAAGAUUAAAAAUUGUAAGUAAAAACAAUGCAACGCUCAUUGCACUUAUUGUUCUCCUGUCUGAGAGAGAGAGCUGACUGAGAGCGCAAAGCAAAGUUUCAAGAUGGCUGGGGUGAGGGUGGGGGUGUGGGUAUGCUGAAAUGCAAUUUCCUGCAAUCUACAUGCAAAAUUCAUUUCUGUCUUAAUUUAAGAUUUACUACCAAUAAUAUUUUUGAUUCAGAAUUAUUGGGGGGGGGGGGGAGAGGAAAUAGAGCCCCCUCUAGCCCCCCUGUUCCGCCGUGCCUGAAUACACUAAAAUAAUAUAAUAUAGAAUGUUUAAAGUAACAGAAGCCGUAACAUAUUCAUAGCCAUUACGAAUCUUCCAUGAUUAGCAUAUUCAAUACCAAAUCUCUGCACAAGACUAAUUCUAAAAUAUAUUAUAACAGCCGUUAGGCUAGGCAGCCAUGACAGGAAGAAACCCGUCAACACCUACGUAUUUAACCGGAACAUAAUUGAAAUGGGGUGCUGUCAGGUUUCAUCUUGUAGUGUGUGUAUUAGUGGUUACUAUGCGAAAUGUUGUUAUCUGCGAACUGGUAAACGAUCAAUGUAAAACGUAUGAUUAUUGUCGUAAUAGACUGGGAAUCGUAGCCAUCAUUCCAUGUUUUCGCUAUAUAGUUAGCUCUGGCUGAGAGAGCGAUCUGAUCAUCAUAACCGUCUAACUCUAGAACGGCAGAGUACUCAGGUCUACUUGACCACGAUGUAUGGUUCCACUUCGUAUGUUGGAGAUGUAGGCCUACAGACGUCAAAAACCUAACUUAAAUACAACUGCCAUAAACAAUGAGAUGCCUAAAUGCAAAUACGGAGUUAGAACAAUAUUUUAAGUAACCAAUUUUAAGUGUUUUAUAGAAAUAUUUCUCUAAUUAUUUUGAAGCGAAUUUUAAAGGAACGUCGGUAGUUAUGUUACUCUUGAGUACAAAUAGCUUAUUAUCGUUUAGUUUGGUCUAUAUUUAAUAAACAGGAAAUUAAGUUAUUCACUUCCGGGUAUGUUAAACUGCGCACCAAGGUGAAAUAGUUUGACAUGAGAAAAUACGGCAGACAACGUGUGCCAGUGAAAAAUCUCAUAGUAGCUGUUGUCGUUGGUCUUGCGUGUGGUGCGUAUGUGUGGAAGCCAAUCUUUGAAAACCUGCAAAAGAAGGCAGCAGAGAGCGAAACGUCUUCAAACCCAGGCCUUGCAGUAGCGGACAAGUGACAUCGUGUAAUACGGCUGCAAAAAGUCUACACAUAAAAUGAUACCUGUGUAAUACACCAGAUUGAAAAAGUCUGCAAAGACUCUACUUCCAGUAUCUGAAACAUUGUCAAUCUUGGAGAAAGUAUAAGAAAGAUCCUGAAAGAUUUAUCAAACGAAUAUUUUCGUCUUUUUGAUACUGUUUCAUAUUUAAACUUAUUUAGGUAUAAAGUAAAACAAUUGCAAUACAGCAUUUUAUUAUGUCAAGUAAUGCCACUAAAUCGGCAUUAUGGCGAAGAGGUGCGGCAACCGUUUUGGGCGCAUUGACUGCCUUCGGAUGUUAUUUCAUCAUUUAUAGACCAUACAAAUAUCGCAGAGACAUGCAAGCCUUUGAGGCUGAAGCCAGAUAUUUGUUCAACAAACAACAGCAAGACCAAGGAAAUAUUGAUCGCUCUAAAGUGAUGGAUGGUGGUGGUGUGUCUUGACAAACAAUAUACAUUUUAUAUUUACUUUGUCACUUAGUUUAGGUAGCCUACCUGUGUCUGUGGUGUUCAUUUCAGUUGACAAGUUUUGUUUACCAUGGAAUGUAUUUUCUUAUAUCAAUGGUAUUAAAUGUAGUGUUCAUUUGUCA